GGGGGGGGGGUGGUUGCGGGGAGUGGUACCCGACCUUGAGUCUCGGAUUCGAGGAUCAACCGCGGCAGGUUGUGUAGGGUUGGUUUAGUGGAGUGUGUUAGGAAGAGUAAAAGUGCCAGAGAGAGGAAAACUGAGGAGGAACUUUCAUGCAUGAAAAGUGAGUAGAGUUGAGAGGGAACUUGCAAGUGAAGAGAGUCAGGACUAGUCCAUUAGGGGACUGUCCCCAAACCUCUUUCGGAAUUGUCGGGAAGCUGGCGAUUGCGAUGAUAGUAUAGCUCAUGGGGUAGUUUGAGGUCUCUGAUCGAGUGACAACUUACCAGGAACGGAGCUUCGAAGAGAGUGGAAGUUUUGCUCAGCCUUGACACUUUGCCGUCUGUACAGGUUGUUUCGACAAACUUGGUAUCUGGUAGUUGAGGUGGAAGCCAGGGGUUGAAGGCAAAUCGAGAUUGUGUAGACGUUCGGGAACCAGUGGUUAUUCCUGUAUCGAAGGACGGGUGUCAAGGCAGCAAGAAAGGAUUGCUUUCACUCAGGUUAGCUUCUGGUUUUGGCUGAAGAUUUCAUCAAAGACGACAGCGUGAAAACCAUGGAUAUUUUGGCACUGCGCGAGCUUCCUGUGAGCAGACUGUCGACGUAAAAGCCGAGAUGUAGAACAAGAGACUUCAUGGAGGCUAUGCGUUUUAGAAAAGAUAAACUAGGGGAGUGCAGCGCCAGUAGGUCGCUCCUUGUUACUUGGUUGGUUAAGUUUGCUAAGUUCAAUUAUUUUGAGGAAACUCUACUGUAUGAUCCUGAGUUUAGAGGCAGAGACCACAGAUAUCACGUCUAAGCUCAUAUUUAGCGGCCACAGCUGGUUCAAAAGCACUUCCAAUUGGAUUCGGAGAUGUUCGCAGUGACGGCGUACUCAAACAGUUUGAUGCAGAGUCUGAUAUUUUGGUGCCUCUCUUGGUUUACACUUUGGCCAACAGAGGUUUCAGGAGAAAGCGUGAUUCAUCAAGUGCACUGUGGAAUACAAAAAAAUAUUGUGGAAAGGCGUGCAUUCUCCUCUGAUUUCGAGUUACAAGUGAGAACAGCUCCUUUUGGCGGUGACCUACAUCAAUAGUGGGACUGUCAGGGGUUUGGGUUCAUCAUCUUUUGAUUGGAGACGAGAGUUCAGAAAAAGCGGCCAGCAAAACUACACGUUCAACCCAUUUACCAAUGAAAUUGGGAGUCCUAUUUCGGAAUGCAAGUGUCCCCAAUACAUCGCAGUGACUGCUCAACCAGUUGGUUUGGGGGAUUGAAAUUGCAGCUGUAGUCUUCGCUGAAAGGCUUCUGUUGUAUUUCAAGCUUCCUGAACAGUGAAUUAAGAACGCGUAGCUGCACCCAGCAGCCUGUGCCGGUUUGAUCAAGAAUAUUUACCCCUUCAGCUUAUUGAUAAAAGGAGGUCUCCUGCUUACCUGAAUCUUAAGCUCACUGGAUCGAGGGAUCGUUUUGUGCACGGAUCGUAACUUGCGAUUCAUGACUGUAAAGAGGAUACACCAAUGCAACCGAAUUUACAUCCGUCGCUUAGUGAAAUAAGCAAGCCCUUUCUUGUGGCUGGCCAACUCUCUUUGCUCCAUUUACUUAUUCUUCUUUCUCUUCCACCAGUGCAACCAAGUCUACUGCCGAGACAACUUCCGCAUAGUCCUGAACUAUUUUCGGCGAGGGCAAACUUUGUUACCAAUGUUUCAACCAUUCAAGCACCAGACCAUGCAGGAUAAUGUGACAGUUCUUUGCAACUCAGAUAACAGAUGAGUAUUGAAGAGGUGAAUGGUGCUCUUGAACUUGUCGUGUAGUGGACUUGUCCUUCUAAGCAAGACUUUCCUCUUCAAUCAAGACGCAGUGGCGACCAACGUAGGUGAAUUUAGCCAAACCAGCUUCAAGUGUACUUCCCCUGCGGUGAAAUAUAUCAAGAAGAUUAUUGAACCCCGCUCAAGUCUAUUUCGGCCAAUCGUAUUAUGCUUCCAUCGACAUAAUUAGGGGUUGGAUCUUUCUAAAAAAAAUUCUCAUGGUCAGUACAUCUGAGGGUCAGCGUGAUUGGGUGAAUCCUCUCACUGGGGGAGUAAACGGGCAACCCGGAUCCAGUUGGACUCAACAAGAUAGUUUGCAACCUUAACAUUCGCUGCACAUGUGAUACUUUCCCAAAAGUAUAAUUACAUCUACUGUAGAUUUGUUAUCUGACAAUCUAUUCAGCAAUUUCUAGAGUGUGUCUACAGGUUAUCUUUAUUUGGCGUGUUCUCUCUCCCCUGUCACUCAAUCUUGUCAUCCAACUGUCUCUUGUUAUCAAGAAGACACUUGUAAUACUAUCCUUCGUGGUAUAUGGGAUGAACCCUUCUGCAAAUACCAACGAGCAGCAAGGCGGCCACAGCUGGUCAACAGAGAAUUGGGAUAAUCCAGGUGCAGUCGUUACACUUGAUCAGGCCACAAGCCAGUACAGUAGUGCGAAUCGCUUAGAGUGGGAGUGGGAUCCAAUGAUUCUUGCACAGCAUCCUGGUAAUGACAUAACAUCCACUGACGGCGGUGAUGGAGAUCGAAUGAAGAAUCAAAUAUCUACAGGCACAAUGUCUAGUCUCCGAGCUUCCUACAAUAUCAAUAUGCUGCCCGCCGGCCUACCAUCCAACUUUACCCAGAAUCACAUGGGAAUUUACAGUUCUGCAGGGAUCCGGAGCUUUGGAUCUCUAGACGGAUCUGCGCAGCUCCCGGCAACAUCAAACCUCCACAAUGUUCUUGGACCGUCUGGCAUCCCAGGCCUUGCAGCCACGAGUGGUGCAGGUCUUGACAAUGAUAUUCGCAGCUAUGAUCAACGUCGGCGCGAAUUCUUUGCAGUUGGAAUGCACGAUCAUCACGUCAAGAGAGAGGAGGUCAAUGAUGGACAUGCCCGAAUCGGGCUUAACCUCGGUGUGCGAACCUACUUCUCCACCGAAGAAACAGCUACAAAUCGGCUUGGAAAGCGACACCGUGCAGGAUCACCUGGGUCAAUAGCACCCAUGUGUCAAGCAGAAGGUUGCAAAUUCGAUCUUAGCCUGGCCAAGCCGUACCAUCGUCGUCACAAAGUUUGUGAGCUCCACUCAAAAGCUCCGAACGUCAUAGCUGGGGGCCAAACUCAAAGGUUUUGUCAGCAAUGCAGUAGGUUUCAUUCGCUAGGUGAAUUCGAUGACGGUAAAAGAAGCUGCAGAAAGCGCCUAGCAGACCACAACAGACGACGGCGAAAGCCACAAUCGAAUACAGCUACGCCUGGAGGAACAACGGCUGAAUCUACGGGGUUGAAGGGUGGAGAGAACGAUAUCCCAGGCUGUAACCGUAACAACGCUUCAAAAUCUAUGAUCAUGUCACAAAAGAGUAAAAGUUCGCCAAGCUCGGUAUCUCUUGAUGACUCUGAUGAUCAGAAGCCAGGAUCCGUAGGCAACAAUCUGCAGUUGCGCUCCUCUGGUCAGGGAUACGGAAGAAGACUGGGCGAUGAUCUGCAUCAGUCUCAUUCUGGAAUGCAGAUGAGCUCUCAGUCCCUGGCUGGUUCCGAAUCACAGGCCUUGCUCUCUGCCAUGUCACCAGUCCCUCUCAUGCUCCAGAAUGCAAAGAGGCAAAUGUCCAUGAUGAGUGGAGCCAAUAAUCAUGGUCAAGACCAUUCCUUGUAUCAACAUCUUCAGGGAGUUAGUGCAGGCCAGACUGGACCCAAACUUUCUCUUUCCUUCUUAGGAGGUCAAAUGGGACGAAGCCAAACAAUGUCUAGUCAAACUUACAACGGAAUGGAGCCUCCGUUGUCAUGGCUGAGGCCUUUAAACCCCCGAUCAGAAUUGACUCAGGUGGUUGGAAGACAAGGGACUAUAAAUCAUCAGCAUCUUAUGUCUACAGAUUCAAAAUCUGGUAUUACCUCAGCGUCAGCCAAUUCUUCCAACUCUCAGGAGCAUGAUGCGCAGGUUUUCUCGCCGUCAAGCCAAAAUCUAAUACCCCGUGACAUAGCAAGCCCUGAGUGGAUGCUUGGAAGCAUGGCAGGACAGACACCACGCACAGAGUCGAACCAUUUUGGAAACUCCUCUUUGAACAAUUUAACUGGUAAUGGUCAGCUAGAGUCUGGACAUCCAGUUAUGUCAUUGAUUGAUUCUCCUAAGGAGGGUGAUGGUGGAAGCAAUCAAGCUGGACAACGCGGACAUACUCCAGUAGAAUUCAUGCAGCAGCAUAACACUGGAGCAGAUUCAGGAGGUGACAACAAUAGCCGUGGUGGUGGUAGCACAGUGGAUAGCCCUGAUAUGAAAUAUCCUGAGCUCCAGGCCUUGCGACCAUAUGGCGGUGGUCCACCUUCCAUUUAUGAAUCGCAUAACAAUCUAAUGCCUGGGAAUUUCCUGUAUGAGACAAUGGCGUGACUGCGGACUUUCCAAAGCGAGUAAUCCACCUUCUUCAGGAUUGCUAUUAAGAUAAACUUGCAAUAUUUUUGCAAAUGGUGCACUGCUCUGGUUCACUAGAGAUGGAGCACCCCGACAUUUUUGGUCCCAUUUGGUAUCAAAAGCAUGUGCACAUUAUACAAGGGAAAGAAUUUUGGAACUGUCCUGUCCCUGUGUUAGAUUUCAGUCCUGAGAGUGCGUAGUUGUUCCAACAAAAUACUUGUGUUGAGAACCGUCAACAUUUUGAUAUAUAUAUAUAUAUAUACACACACAUAUAUAUGUAUUUAUAAAUACAAGGAUACACUCACUUUUACAGGGUUCUUGACAAAGACUACUGACGGUACCAGACGAUCGCUAGUGAACCUCAGUAUUAACAGUUCGUAGAAGCCUUUUUUCUAGUCGAAUAUAAAAUCAAAACCUUGAUUUAUUUAAUAGACAAACUUGUUCAGGCUUUUAAUUUUGCAU